UUAGGACAACGGUAGAGAUGCCUUUGGGUUGCUGCAGUACUUUUCUAAAUAGAUAGUGUAUCGGUACUCACAAUGCGUCUUGUUGGCUGUUCCUGCCUUCUUGUUGUCGUUUUCGUUGUUCUUGAUAUAGCGUUGGCUACUCAAGGAAAAUAUCAAGGAACGGCCUUUGAUGGUGACGGAAAGGACUCUUUCAAAAGACAAGUGAUUAAAGCAAGUGACCAAGAAAUAUUCAGUCGAAAAAAGAGAAGCGCCGAAGAAAAUCUUAUCGAACUUUUCCUGAUCCUUGAUUAUACAUACUUUACAGAUAUUGCUAAAGGAGACUUGAAAAAUGCCAUACAGUUUGGUCAGGAUCUCUCCACUAAGAUAGACCAGAUUUACCAAUCACUGGGUGUUGGCGUUGCACUUGUUGGACAAGAAGUAUGGUCUGAGGGCGAUGAGAUUGAUGUCGAUACCGAUCCGACUACAUUACUGCAAAACUUUAUCAAUUACAGAAAAGCAAAUUUGACAGGGGGAGUUCGCCAUGAUACCGCUAUGCUUGUCACCGGCAAAGACCUCCACGGGACUCUGACUGGAUAUGCGUCUGUGGGAGGGAUAUGUGAGGGAACGACUGCCGGGGUAAACCAGUACAGAGAAGGGCUGAAUAGAACAGCGUCCAUUGUCGCUCACGAGAUGGGUCACACGCUAGGGUUUGUACACGACCUAAAGAACUGCACGUGUGAAGACGGGAUAGACCGAUGUGUCAUGGCCGCUGAUACCACGUACGGUCCAACUAAAUUCAGCAGUUGCAGCAAGCAGGUUUUUGCAUCACUGAUGGCGGAAGGACGGGGAGAAUGUCUUAAAGAUAAGCCUAGGCUGGUUUAUGAUGGCCCUGUGUGCGGGAAUGGCAUACAUGAGGACGGGGAGUUAUGUGACUGUGGGACGAAAGAGGAAUGUGAAAAUGAUGAAUGCUGUAACUUCGGCUGCACACUCAAGCCAGAGGCAGAAUGUGCCACUGGAGAUUGUUGUCUCAACUGUAAGGUCAGGCAAGCCCAGACGGUGUGCCGCAAAGCACAAAAUGACUGUGAUAUAGAAGAUAGAUGUGACGGCUGUUCUGCCGAGUGUCCAGCAGAUUUGUAUAAACAAGACCUACACACCUGUACAAACACCGACUCGUCCGGCUACUGUUUCCGCGGAAAGUGCCGAUCUAAACUCGAACAGUGUAAAACAAUCUGGGGCCAAGGAGCUCAAAAUUCGGAACAUGAAUGUUAUCAUAUUUUAAACAAGGGUGGAACUGAACUUGGCAAUUGUGGCAGUGAAGGAAAUACUUAUGUCAAGUGUAACACAAGUGACGUCAGCUGUGGUACCCUCCACUGUCAAAAUACAGGACCUAAACCAAGAUUUGGUGUUGUAUCAAAAUCAGCCGACAAAACUGCAGUUGGGUCCAGUUGCAGCUCGGUUACAUUUAAAGUGGAUGCUGGUGUUCGUGAUCCUGGCUUGGUGGACGACGGAUCCCCGUGUAACUUUACAUUGGACAACGGGGUGACCUGGUCUGAUGGGAUAUGCAUUCAACAUAAGUGUGUAUCCUUGAAAAACAUACAGCAACGAACCGGAUGUCCAAAGGCGGAUGGGCAAGAGUGUGGGGGUGUGGGGGUUUGUAACAACUUGGGGGAGUGCAGCUGUGAAGUAGGAUAUAUGGGAGAAAGUUGUACAGAGCAGUGGAAGGACACACCGUGCGGCUCCAGCACAACCACUGCUACAACUACCGCAGGCCAGUUUGGAUACAAUUCUUCCGUGGGUUUGUCGGGCAAGCCUGUGCUGUUUGUCUUAAUUUCUGUUAUUGUAACAUGGGCAUACAAACAGGGCUGAACAUGAGGACAGUUGAAAUAUAACUUCUGUUGUGUCAACAUAUUGACUAUCUGCCUUUUGCACAUAUUAUUUUUAUUUAUUUAUUUAUUUAUUUAUUAUUUAUUUAUUUAUUUAUUUUGCACAGAUGCUUUUUACACAGACGCUUUUUCAAGUCGGGGCAAUUCUGCACUUUGCACUGAUGAUUUUUAUACAUUUCAAGUACAUCUUGCUCAGUGUUUGGAUUCCCGUGGAAAUGGAGCCCUGGGUUGGUUAAGUUUUGGGAAUGUCUGUAGUAACAUAGUACAAAAUAAAAAA